GUGGGCCGGGGGAGGGGAGGUUCGUUCCGCGGAGCCGCAGCCAGAACCGGGGCUGGGGAUCACUUUCAACCCUGUCUGGUGCAUCUUUGGCCGAAAGUGAGAAGGAAAGCACCCCCAUUGUUCUUUGGCAUGGACACAAGUCCAGUAGGAUCAAUAGAAUUGACUGAUCAGUCUCCUGUUUUAUUAGGAAGUACAACCAUGGCAACUAGUCUCACUAAUGUAGGAAAUUCAUUUAGUGGACCAUCUAAUCCUUUAGUGUCCAGAUCUACUAAGUUUCAGAACUCAUCAGUGGAAGAUGAUGAUGAUGUUGUUUUCAUUGAACCUAUACAACCUCCCCCACCUUCUACUCCAGUGGUUGCUGAUCAAAGAACCAUAACAUUUACACCAUCAAAAAAUGAAGAACUACAUGGAAAUGAUCCUAAAAUUGUUCCUUCUUCAAAAGAGUUGAUUUCUCAGAAGGGAAGUGUAAGUGAAACAAUUGUCAUUGAUGAUGAAGAGGACAUGGAAACAAAUCAAGGUCAAGAGAAAAAUUCCUCCAAUUUUAUUGAAAGGAGACCUUCUGAUAGUAAAAACAGAAACCAUGAUGUGGAUUUUUCUACUUCCAGUUUUUCAAGAAGUAAGAUAAAUACAGGAAUGGGUAAUAGUGGCAUCACUACAGAACCAGAUUCUGAAAUUCAGAUUGCUAAUGUUACAACCUUAGAAACAGGUGUAAACUCUGUGAAUGAUGGCCAAUUAGAAAAUACUGAUGGGAGAGAUAUGAACUUAAUGAUUACACAUGUAACAUCACUGCAGAAUACCAACUUGGGAGAUGUUUCUAACGGACUGCAGUCAAAUAAUUUUGGUGUUAAUAUACAAACAUAUACCCCAUCUUUAACUUCCCAGACCAAGACUGGAGUAGGACCUUUUAAUCCUGGUAGAAUGAAUGUGACAGGAGAUGUAUUUCAGAAUGGAGAAUCUGCAUCUCAUCAUAAUCCUGAUUCUUGGAUCUCCCAGUCAGCAUCAUUUCCCCGAAAUCAAAAACAACCAGGAGUGGAUUCUUUAUCACCAGUGGCCUCACUUCCUAAACAAAUUUUCCAGCCUUCAGCCCAACAACAACCAACUAAACCAGUUAAAGUCACUUGUGCAAACUGCAAAAAACCUUUACAGAAAGGACAGACAGCUUAUCAACGAAAAGGAUCAGCUCACCUCUUUUGUUCAACUGCCUGCCUUUCUUCCUUCUCCCAUAAGCCUGCUCCAAAGAAACUCUGUGUUAUGUGUAAAAAAGAUAUAACUACAAUGAAAGGAACUAUGUUGCUCAAGUGGAUUCAAGUGAGUCCUUCCAGGAAUUCUGGUACAUCUUGUUUGUCUCUUUAUGAAGACAAGCAGAAUCCCACUAAAGCAGCUCUAAAUAAAUCAAGAUGUACAAUCUGUGGUAAACUAACAGAGAUUCGCCAUGAAGUUAGUUUUAAAAAUAUGACUCAUAAGCUGUGUAGUGACCACUGCUUUAAUAGAUAUAGAAUGGCCAAUGGUCUUAUAAUGAAUUGCUGUGAACAGUGUGGAGAAUAUUUACCUAGUAAAGGUGCCGGAAAUAACGUUCUGGUGAUUGACGGUCAACAGAAAAGAUUUUGUUGUCAAAGUUGUGUCAGUGAGUACAAACAGGUAGGUAGCCAUCCAAGCUUCCUGAAGGAGGUUCGGGAACAUAUGCAGGACUCUUUCUUAAUGCAGCCUGAGAAAUAUGGAAAACUGACAACUUGUACUGGUUGCCGGACACAGUGCAGGUUUUUUGAUAUGACUCAGUGUAUAGGUCCAAAUGGAUAUAUGGAGCCAUAUUGUUCAACUGCUUGCAUGAACAGUCACAAGACAAAAUAUGCAAAAUCUCAAAGUUUGGGAAUUAUUUGUCAUUUUUGUAAGCGAACCUCUUUACCUCAAUACCAAGCCACAAUGCCUGAUGGAAAACUGUAUAACUUUUGCAAUUCCAGUUGUGUGGCUAAAUUUCAGGCUCUAAGCAUGCAGUCAUCUUCAAAUGGCCAGUUUGUAGCACCAAGUGAUAUUCAGCUGAAAUGCAACUACUGCAAAAAUUCCUUUUGUUCAAAACCAGAAAUUCUAGAAUGGGAGAACAAAGUGCAUCAGUUCUGCAGCAAAACUUGUUCAGAUGACUAUAAGAAGUUGCACUGUAUAGUUACAUAUUGUGAAUACUGUCAAGAGGAGAAGACUCUUCAUGAAACAGUAAAUUUCUCUGGAGUUAAGAGACCUUUCUGUAGUGAAGGCUGCAAACUACUGUACAAGCAGGAUUUUGCAAGGCGUUUAGGAUUAAGAUGUGUUACAUGCAACUAUUGUUCUCAGCUGUGUAAGAAAGGUGCAACUAAAGAACUUGAUGGUGUUGUGAGAGAUUUCUGUAGUGAAGAUUGCUGUAAAAAAUUUCAGGAUUGGUACUAUAAGGCUGCAAGGUGUGACUGUUGCAAAUCUCAAGGAACUCUAAAAGAGCGAGUGCAGUGGCGUGGGGAAAUGAAACAUUUUUGUGAUCAACACUGCUUAUUACGUUUCUACUGUCAGCAAAAUGAGCCCAACAUGACAACCCAGAAAGGACCUGAAAACUUACAUUAUGAUCAGGGCUGUCAGACAUCACGAACCAAAAUGACAGGUUCAGCACCACCCCCUUCUCCAACACCAAACAAAGAGAUGAAGAACAAAGCGGUUCUUUGUAAACCUUUGACAAUGACAAAAGCUACUUACUGUAAACCUCACAUGCAGUCUAAAUCUUCCCAAACAGAUGAAAAUUGGAAAACGGAAUAUGUACCAGUGCCUAUCCCAGUGCCUGUGUAUGUCCCAGUUCCUAUGCACAUGUACAGCCAAAAUAUUCCUGUUCCUACUACAGUUCCUGUUCCUGUGCCCGUUCCUGUUUUUCUGCCUGCUCCAUUGGAUAGCACUGAGAAGAUGCCUGCAGCAAUUGAGCUAAAAAGCAAAGUUUCUUCAGAUCCUCUUGAUACAGAUUUGCUUACAAUGUCAGAUAUGAUGACUGAAAAUGAGGGGAAAACAGAGUCACCCAACAUCAACAAUGUGAUUAUUGAAACUGACAUAAUUGGUUCAGAUCUCAUGAAGAACUCAGACCAAGAAACACAGUCCAACAUGCCUGAUGUGCCAUAUGAACCAGAUUUGGAUAUUGAAAUAGAUUUCCCCAGAGCUGCUGAGGAGCUUGAUAUGGAAAAUGAGUUUUUAUUACCACCUGUAUUUGGGGAAGAAUAUGAAGAACAGCCCAGACCUCGGUCUAAAAAAAAGGGAGCCAAGAGAAAAGCUAUAUCAGGAUACCAGUCUCAUGAUGAUAGUUCUGACAACUCAGAAUGCAGCUUUCCUUUCAAAUAUUCAUAUGGUGUAAAUGCAUGGAAGCACUGGGUCAAAACUAGGCAACUUGAUGAAGAUCUUCUGGUACUAGAUGAGUUAAAAUCUUCUAAAUCAGUAAAGUUAAAAGAAGAUUUACUCUCUCAUACCACAGCAGAGCUUAACUAUGGGUUAGCCCAUUUUGUCAAUGAGAUCCGAAGACCAAAUGGGGAGAAUUAUGCACCUGACAGUAUCUAUUAUCUUUGUCUUGGAAUACAGGAGUACUUGUGUGGAAGUAAUCGGAAGGACAACAUAUUUAUUGAUGCUGGAUAUCAGAUGUUUGAGCAAGAAUUGAAUAAAAUACUCCGAAGUUGGCAACCAAGCAUACUUCCAGAUGGGUCGAUAUUCUCUCGAGUUGAAGAAGACUAUCUCUGGAGGAUAAAACAACUAGGAUCACACUCUCCAGUAGCUCUUUUGAAUACCUUGUUCUACUUUAACACUAAGUAUUUUGGCCUGAAAACAGUGGAACAACACUUAAGACUUUCCUUUGGCACUGUGUUUAGGCAUUGGAAAAAAAACCCUUUAACAAUGGAAAACAAAGCAUGUCUUCGAUACCAAGUGUCUUCCUUAUGUGGAACAGAUACUGAAGAUAAAAUUUCUACUGGAAAAAGAAAACAUGAAGAUGAUGAGCCAUUAUUUGAACAAAUAGAAAACACAGCCAAUCCUUCAAGAUGUCCUGUGAAAAUGUUUGAAUGCUAUUUAUCCAAAAGUCCACAGAAUCUUAAUCAGAGAAUGGACGUUUUUUAUUUGCAACCAGAGUGCUCUAGUUCUACGGAUAGCCCUGUCUGGUAUACAUCGACUUCACUGGACCGAAACACCUUGGAAAAUAUGCUUGUACGGGUUCUUCUAGUUAAAGAUAUUUAUGAUAAAGAUAAUUAUGAACUGGAUGAAGACACAGACUAAAAAGGAAUGUUUCAGAAGCAAUCGGGAUAAAACAGCAUUAGAUACUCAUGCUGCUAGAUCUUUACUAUGGAAAACAUUUCAAGUUUACUCUUCCUGUUUUGAGUUUUGUAGCAGUGUACCCACACUGGGUUUUACCAUGUAAAUAAUCUGUGAGUGAAAGUUGCCAUUAUUCUAUGUAGUGGUUUUAGAAUACUUAACAAAUACAUUCAGAUUCUUUUUUAUUAUUUAUUUGAUUAGGUAUGUUUAUAACUUUUUACAUUACAAAAUAUGAAUGAGAAUGUGCCAUGUAUAAUUUUUUUUCUUGUAGUACGAAACAUCCAUAUUGCACAACUCUACUGUUGCAAAGCUUCUUCAAAAGAGUGGAUGCUUUUAUUGGGUUCUUGACCGGAUGGUUGUGGGUAGCACUACUAAAAGUUUAGAACUUGCAGUGUCUUUCACAAAUUUUUAAAUAAACUGUAAACUAAUAGGUUGGGGUUUUUUUUUUUGUUUGUUUUGUUUGGGUUUUAUUUUUGUUUGUUUUAUGUUUUAGUUUGAAGCCUUACAAGGUUAUGUAGAGAGAUACCAUCUUCUGUACCAAAAAUAGACAAGAGAAUGCUGUUGAUAUUGGUGUGCUGUAAUGUGAAUCUAUGCUGGUGAAAACAACUUUUUGUUCCCCUUAUUAAAACUUAGUGUCCUUUUCUCAUUUGUGGCUUUCUGCAUCACCCCAACCAAUAAUCUAAUUAUAUAUGUAUGUAAAGAAUGAUGAUAAGCUGAAAACAGGAUCAUUAAGACAUUUUUCACUGUAAGAAUGUCUGAUGAAAAUAUAAGUUCUCUGUCAACCGUACACAUCUGAAGGUCCCCUUUAUUGGUAAAAGAUUCUUUUUAUUUAUGCUCCUCCCUCUCCCUCCACCCUCUUUAUAGAUAAAGAUCAUGCUGCAAUGUUACUUAUAUAGUAGUCUAAACCACUUUUAUUGUGCCUGCUCCCAGACAUGAUUGACACAUUAGGUAAGAUCAUUUUUAGCAAUGCUACUCUUGAUAGCUGUUACAGAAAGUUCUGUUACUUUAAGGUAGCAACACAUUUAGUAUAUAGAUCACCAAUGUAGUAAUUUUAUUUCAAAUAAUUGAAGAACAAAGAAAAACUGAUGGAGAAAAUCUGUCUCAGAAGAAAAUCAUAUUUGAUGUUAGAUUAUUUGGCUUUUAAAUUUUAAUUACUUCUUAUAGAAGAUUGCAUUAAAAAACCUACUUUGUGCUUCUGCAUAGCAGUUUAUAUCUUCAGACAUUUUCUUUUAGAAUAAGGAAGUUUACUUACAAUUUUACUUUCUAAAGACUAAAUUAUUUAGCCAGCUUUGUCUAGCAUGUAUACAAACAUGUGAUUUCCUUAUUUCUAAGUUCCAAGUCACCCUGGUGACUUUGGUUAUUAAGAAUAGUUCAAGGGGAAAUCAGCCUGUUUCCAAUGAAGAAGGUAGUCAGUAUCUACAAAUCCCUUAGAUAUUUCUCUCUGUUAGGAUAAAUGUUAGCACACUAACAAACUUUUCCCCAUCAUGAUUUGGAAAAAUUCACAGGUAUAAUCACUAUUUUCAAACAAUAAUUAAUUACCUGACAAAUUAUUGUCCUACAAAUUUUACAUAUUAUAACUUGUUUUAUAGGUUUAAAUAACUUUUCUGUUCCUUAAUUUUGUAUCUGUUCAGUGAUAAUCAUACUGACAACAAAUCUGAUAACAAGUUACCUUAGUAAAAUAGACUGCUGUCUAUUUUGUGAAGAAAAGUUGGUAGCAUUUAAAACAUGAUACAAAAAUUUCCUCCAGCUUACCUUUUUCCAGAGCAAGUUCUUUAUGCACUUUUCCUAUAAAUGCAUAAUAUUGAGUAAAAGGUGGUUAAUUCUAACCAUCUUUUUGUUCUUCAACCUGGUGCUAUGUUCCAUCAAAACAGCAAUAAACAUUUUCCCAAAUGUCACGUCUUGUAUAUUUCACCAAAUAUAAAUUUCUCCCAUGGUACUACUAUUAAGCACCAUGUCUUGCUAUUUACAUUUUCUUUAUUUGUAUAUUUUAGCUUUUUAAGGUGAAGCCUAUUCUCAGUUUGAUUUUGACAUCAUAGAAGAUUUAGAGCUCCUGUCUUUAUCAUGAUUGUAAUCCAAUGAUAGAUUAAGUUGAUUCUCAGGGUGAAAAGAAAAAAAAAUAUUUUGUGAGAACUACUUGUUUUGGGAUACUUCAUCUAGAACAGGUUUUAUUGAAGCUUGGAUCUCCUUUGUGUGUGUGGUUAUAGCUGAGUGCUGAG